CCUUCGCUCUUCGGAGAAUCGGAGCUGCCAAUUUCUGUGUUGCAUUUCCAAGAAUGCCUCGACGAUGGUACUCUUCAGGUCCCUUAAGCUUAUAACUAAUAACACUAACACCAAAAGUCGAUCUUUUCUGACGUUAUCGACCACAACCGCUUCCUCAUUCUCGCGGUGUGCUUCUCCUUCUCACCCACUAUUCCGAUUGCCUUCCAAUAAUGGUCCUCACAUAUUAUUUCCUCAUCUCUCCAAAUGGAUUGUCCCAUUUCAGCAAGGUCCUCUCUUCCUCGCUUGCCCACCUUGGAAGCUCUCUCAGUCCGCCACUCCUCUGUACCUGCAAGGAAAUGGCUUCGUUCGACGAAGGGUUGAAGCGUUGAAUUUGAAUCUGAAUUUACUUCGGUCUAGAACCCGUUUUCCUCUCAGAUUGUUGGAUCGGAUUGAUUCCAAUUCGAAGGAGUCUUGUGAGCACGGCCUUGUGGACAGUUUCGUCAAUGCGCCAAACUUGAUCUCCUUCAGUCGAUUGAUUUCUGGUCCCGUUCUCGGAUGGAUGAUCACAAACGAGUUUUAUGCUUCAUCGAUGAUUGGAUUAGCCAUCUCUGGAGCAACUGAUUGGCUGGAUGGAUAUCUGGCUAGGAAGAUGAAAAUAGAUUCUGUGGUGGGUUCCUAUCUCGAUCCUCUUGCGGACAAGGUACUAAUUGGUUGUGUUGCGAUUGCAAUGGUGCAUCAAGAUCUAUUGCAUCCUGGACUUGUUGGACUACUUGUGUUCCGAGAUGUCUUGCUUGUUGGGGGGGCAAUAUAUUUAAGAGGGAGCAGCUUGGGUUGGAAGUGGAAAAGCUGGUUUGAUUUCUUUAACCUUGAUGGGACUGGUCGUCAAAAGGUUGAGCCACUCUUUAUUAGCAAGGUUAAUACAGUGUUGCAGUUAUUAUUAGUUGCUGCAGCUCUUCUGCAACCAGAGUUUGGAACCCAAGAAACUCAAUCGUACAUUACUUAUCUGAGUUGGUUAGUAGCUUCAACCACAGUAGCAUCAACUGCGGCAUAUGGAGCACAAAGAUCUGCUAUCGCAUCAAAGUUAGCUUAGUUGCUCCAUCCAGCUAGCUACGUGAAAGAAAUUUAGGGACCAUAGAGUCUGUACCAAUUGUUCACUGUAUAAUACUUCGAGAAAUCGUGCGUUGGGCUGCUUCACUGCACACGGUCAUGACGGACGUAAUGUUGUUUAUUAAUAGAGUGAAAUUUAAAUCCAAUAAUCUGAAAUUUUCUCUCU